AUGUUAUUUCAAGCUCUCCGCUCAGCUCGACCUUUAGCCAAAGCUGGACCAUCGUUCCGACCAGUGAUAGCUCGAUCAUUCCAUGCUACCAGGAUAGCAAGAGAUCAUUUCCUAGAUGCUAACGAGGAGGCAUUCAACAAGCGAGCAUUGGACGAAGGAAGUACUAAACCAGUUUUAGUCGAUUUCUACGCUGAAUGGUGUCAGCCAUGUCGAGUGCUCACUCCAUUACUCAAAAGUCAUACUGGUCCUGGGUCAUCGUACGAUCUGAUGACUGUCAAUGUGGAUGAUUACCCAGAAUUAGCAGCUAAAUUUAAGGUAUCAGCUCUACCGACUGUUGUAGCUUUCAAGAAUGGCGCAGUAAAAAACAAAUUUGUUGGAUUUAGAGGGGAUGCAGAUAUCAAGAAAUUCCUUGGUAUGCUUUAG